CUCCGGCGGUGUCGCGUGCGCCUGGUGGGUGACCUGCAGGUGGCCCCGCUGUGGGACGCCCUGCUGAAUCGCGAGCUCUUCACCCCGGACAUGAUCGAGGACAUCCAGCGGGCGGGCUCUGGGUCUCGGCGGGACCAGGCCCGGCAGCUGAUCACGGAUCUCGAGACCCGAGGGAGGCGGGCCCUUCCCUUGUUCAUCUCCUGCUUGGAGGACACGGGCCAGGACACACUGGCUUUGUUCUUGCAAACAAGUUGGCAAGCGACAAAGAAGGAUCCAGAGGCCAUCGUCAGACCCCUGGACCUCGAGCCUGUGGUGGUGGGACCGACGGGGCGCAAACCAGAGAAGCUGAAUCCCUCGCACCCGGCCCCAGGAAAUCUGUCCCCGGUGGUGCUGGGCCCAGCUCAGCUCAGGGCAGAGGAUCUCGGACCAGAAGCUCCCAGACCAGCGGGCAUUGGUUCUGGAGGACUCAGUGAUGUCCGUGCCCCGGAGAUGCUGAAGAGAAACGCACGUUUGGCGUACGUCCUGAGCGCGGACCCUUGCGGCCACUGUGUCAUCAUCAACAACGUGAACUUCUGCCCGGCAUCAGGGCUCGGCGCUCGCACCGGCUCCAACCUCGACUGUGUGAAAAUGCAGCGCCGCUUCUCCCAGCUGCAUUUCCAGGUGGAGGUCAGGUGUGACCUGACUGCCGAGAAAAUGGUCCAGGCUUUGGUGGAGCUGGCGCGGCAGGACCACCACGCUCUGGACUGCUGCGUGGUGGUCAUCCUCUCUCACGGAUGUCAGGCCAGCCACCUGCAGUUCCCGGGAGCCGUCUACGGCACGGACGGGUGUCCUGUGUCUGUCGAGAGAAUCGUGAACAUCUUCAGUGGGACCAGCUGCCCCAGCCUGGGAGGGAAGCCCAAGCUCUUCUUCAUCCAGGCCUGCGGUGGGGAGCAGAAAGACGUUGGGUUUGAAGUGGCCCUCUCUUCCCCUGAUGACGAGGCCCCUGGCAGCAGCCCCGAGUCAGAUGCCGUCCCGUUCCAGGCAGGCCCGAGGCCCGGGGACCAGACUGAUGCCCUGUCGAGUUUGCCCACACCCAGUGACAUCCUCGUGUCCUACUCCACCUUCCCAGGUUUUGUCUCCUGGAGGGACACCUCGCGCGGCUCCUGGUACAUCGAGACCCUGGACGGCGUCUUGGAGCGCUGGGCACGCUCUGAAGACCUGCAGUACCUGCUGCUGAGGGUUGCUAAUGCCGUGUCCGAGAAAGGGAUUUAUAAACAGAUUCCUGGUUGCUUUAAUUUCCUUCGGAAAAAACUUUUCUUUAAAACCGAAUGAGGUCAGGGCUGCCCACGCUGCCUUACCACUCACCCCACACGCUGUGUGCUGCAGCAGGCCCGGAGGUGGUUGCAGCCACGUCCCUCCGCGUCAAGGCGUUGGAAGCUGGCAGUCGCGUCCUCCCCAUGGCGGACCGGUGUCAGGAGCGCCUAGGUCGAAGAGCAGCGCCCAGUCGUGGAGGAAGAGGAGCGGAGAGCUGUGGGCUCCGCGGGGCCUCUCCGAGCUGGCUGGGCCGAACCUGGCUAUCACACCCUCCCCUCUAGAGCUGAGCUCCUCACCCUGCACUGCAGCCUUGGGGGCCAGGUGACCCUCGAUCCUGGGCUCGGCCUGGGCGUCAUAGGAUGCUUCGUGCCCUCCCUGGCCUCCACCCGCCUGUGCCAGUAGCACCCCGACCCUGGAUGGUGCUGACCAGAGACGUCUUCAGGCAUUGCCAGCCGAGUCGCGGGGAAGCGCAGACCCACAGGGGUUCGGGGCUAUGGACACAGCAGUGUCUUUCAGAUCAAAGAGCUUAGGCUCCUGGAGCCUCGGCAUGUGGGCCUGGGGAUCCCAGGUGACGUUUCAGGAGUGGGUAACAUCCCUUCGGUCACGGGCGAACAUGGACUCCCUCGCCGCUGUCCGUCCUCACUUUGCUCUGGGCCUGUUCUUUCCCACGAAGGAGACACUUGCUAUUUUCAAAACAUUUCCCCAGACCCAGGUGGUAGUGCCCGCCUGUCGUCCUAGCUACCCUGAAAGCUGAGGCAGGAGGGAUCACAGUUCCAAGAUAGCCUGGGUAACUUAGCAAGACCCGGUCUCAA